CAAUACAAGCCUUUUUCAGACCAAUAUAUCCGAUCUUGUCACAGUGUUCUUAUCAUAUUGUGUCUCAUAUUGAAGUUAGAAUCAGUGUUUCAUAAAAUGGCCGAUGAAGAACUAACAAAGGAGGUGAUUGCAGGAACAGGCACGAAGCCAAACGGAGAGAGCUUAAAGAAAGCAUAUGUGACAUUUUUGGCUGGAAAUGGAGAUUAUAUAAAAGGUGUGGUGGGUUUGGCUAAGGGUUUACGUAAAGUGAAAAGUGCAUAUCCUUUAGUAGUUGCUACUUUGCCUGAUGUUCCUGAGGAGCAUCUUCAGAUUUUGAGGUCUCAGGGCUGUAUUGUUCAUGAGAUUGAACCAAUCUAUCCUCCUCCGAAUCAAACUCAAUUCGCCAUGGCCUAUUAUGUCAUCAACUAUUCCAAGCUUCGUAUUUGGAAUUUGGAAGGAUACAGGAAGAUGAUAUAUUUGGAUGCAGACAUACAAGUAUACGACAACAUAGACCAUUUGUUCGACACAGAGGAUGGAUACUUGUAUGCAGUGAUGGACUGCUUCUGUGAGAUAACAUGGAGCCACUCAUCACAGUACAAGGUUGGAUAUUGCCAACAAUGUCCGGGUAAGGUUGCUUGGCCUGCACAUAUGGGGUCUCCUCCUCCAUUGUAUUUCAAUGCUGGCAUGUUUGUGUUUGAGCCAAAUCCAAUUACCUAUCACAGCCUUCUUCACACUCUCCAGCUCACUCCUCCCACUCCUUUUGCUGAGCAAGAUUUUCUGAAUAUGCUCUUCCAAGAGCGAUACAAGCCUCUACCUUUGGAAUACAACCUGGUUUUGCCUAUGUUAUGGCGUCAUCCAGAGAAUGUGGACCUGACAAAGGUUAAGGUGGCCCACUAUUGUGCAACCGGUUCAAAACCAUGGAGGUACACUGGCAAGGAAGCUAACAUGGACAGGGAAGACAUAAAGAUGUUAGUUGCAAAAUGGUGGAACAUUUACAAUGAUAAAUCCCUUGAUUUUAAGGCUCAACAUUUGCAGGUUGUGGCUGAGGAAGAGUCUUUAUCAAGAUCACCAAUUAUGGCUUCCAUUUCUGAAGAGCCCGAAAUUUCUUUCGUUCCUGCUCCUCCUGCUGCUUGAGAAGAAACCAUACCUAAAGCUGGUGUUAUAGGGCCAUCACUAUCUUAUAUUUGUUCUCCUCUUUUGACUGUUGGAUGAAGCUAGGCUUUGAUCUUGGACAAAGAUGUAGUUAGAAAUAUAUAGAGGUUUGUUAAUGGACUUCAUUGAUUUGGAUAUGCAGUGUAUGAUGGCGUGCUUUGUCUCGUUCUUCUUGUCAAUAUAUUGGAAACCAUGGCGUUUUGCUUAUGUAA